GUUUAUCACGGACGGAACAGACGGAACAGAUAUCACGCUUCUUAUGUCUCCGAUCAAACACUACUACAACAACAAGUGUGUCGAAACUUCAUAAACAGAAAGAUUUAAAUCACUUAUCGUAUUAUAAACAUAUUCUCAUUGAACAAUCGAUAUGUGACAAAUAUGGGAUUAUGGUGGCAAAAUGCCAAAACUGAUUAUUACUAUUACUAUUAUUAUUAUAUUUUAAAAUAUAUUCUCCUACCUCUGAUAGUGAUGCAACUUCCACUGACAGUGAAUAGUAUAUGCUCAAAAUUUUCAGGAUCCAUAACAUCAGCAACAACAAAUUAUCAAAUCAUCGAAGAAUCACCUGUCCCUAUGACGAUAACUAAUUUAAAGAAAGAUCUAUGCAUUGAUCAAUAUUCCAUUGAACAAUAUAUUGAUUUUAAUCAAUAUUCACAUAAACAUGAAUUUGUAUUAUUUCCAACAUCUCAACCAUUUUAUGAAUAUUUUGAAAUUAGAAAUGAAUCCCAACAACAUUAUUCAACGUCAUCAUUAUCAUCAUCAUCAGGGUAUGUCGAUAUUGAUCAAUACUUGAUAUUACGUAAAUCGAUUGAUCGAGAGGCUGUGUGUAAUUGGCCUAACAGUGGUGGGGGUGGCGGUGGUGGUGGUCAUACUGGUCACACGAAUUCGAAACUUCUCCAUUCAGGUAUUAAUCACAACUUUUAUUCUGACUCUUAUAUGCAUCCACAUUACACGGAUGAGGCGAAAGGUUUAUGCAAUUGUCAGGAACUACUCGGAUGGUGUUCUGUAUACUUGCACUUAGCUUAUAUCCCAUUAAAUAUCAGUGAGUCUGGAAACACUGCCUGGCAUCCUUCUACUCCAGUGUCAGAAGCUUCGCAACCUUCAGAAAGCAUACCAAGAUCUAAUGACCAUUGGUUGAAUUAUAUAAAUGUUAUGCAAUUUUUUAAUAUUGAACUACGCCUAAUCGAUAUCAAUGACAAUCCCCCAGUGUUCAGUCCAUUCGACUAUAAGAUCACAGUGAGUGAGGCGGAUAAACCGGGGACAAGUUUUCGUCUACCCUCAGCAGUAGAUCCAGAUCUGGGGAUUAAUGCAAUGCUGAAUUAUGAUAUCGCUUCGAUAAAUGCUUCGAACAGUGAAGGUUUCACUAGGCAACUGUUCGUAUUAAAUCACAAUAACGGUAAUCCUCAGGGGAAUAGCAGUACUGCCAGUCAAAGUUUCUUGUUAAUACAUGAGAACAUACAAAAAUCGUCAACUGCUUUACAUUCAACGGAUCAAUCAGAAAUCAAUAAACUGUAUAUUAAAUUGUUAAAACCAUUGGACAGAGAAGUGUACAGUUCCUAUGUUUUAGAGAUUAUUGCCGUCGAUAAGGGAUUGACACAUCAAAACACCGGCACAUUAAAUCUUUAUAUCCAUGUCGCUGAUGUGAACGACGAGGUGCCUACCUUUGAACGUAAACAGUAUACAUUUCGUGUUUCAGAGAAUGCUUCACCAGGAACAUUAAUUGGUCAAGUGAAAGCUAUUGAUAUGGAUGCUGGGGACAAUUCAAUUGUUAGAUAUUCUAUCAAAGAAGUGGAACCAUUCAUUUUAGGCAAUCAAUAUAAUAUCGAUUUAUUUCGUAUUGAUCAAGUCAGUGGGGAAAUAAAAUUGUAUAAAUCGUUAGAUCGAGAGAAAAUCUCUGAGAUCAUAUUAAGAAUUGAAGCUAAAGAUAACGGUCAACCGGCAAGAUCCACUUUGACAAGUGUUACAAUUAUCAUAGAAGAUGUUAAUGACAACAGUCCAACUAUCGAUUUAUGGGGUUAUAAAGAGAUACUGAAUUCGACUGGAUUAACUGUGAAUAAUAUUCGUCAUGUGGAUUUAAUGCCUUAUCAGUUAAUUUCAUCUCAAGGUUCAUUGAUCCCUGUACAUAUAUGGGCUAGUGAAUAUUUGAAUGCAAGAUCAAUAAUAGCUAUUGUAAAAGUUACAGAUCCUGAUCAUGGUGUAAAUGGUUCAAUUCAAUGUUCACUGAACACUACACAUUUUAUAUUACAACCUGAAAGUAUAAAAGAUAUUGACAAUGAUGAAAGUGGUGUCAGUCAUGCAAAAGUGUAUUACGUAAUCUCAUUGGAUCAGUUAGACUAUGAACAACAAUCAAUUCAUCAUUUGCCCAUCAUAUGCUCAGAUAUGGGUGAACCUUUAGCCAGAACAUCAACCCUUUUAUUGAAUAUUCAUGUACAAGACGAGAAUGAUAAUGAUCCGAUAUUUUUAACACCUGAAGUCUUUUCUCCAGCUCAAUGGUUGAACAAGGCUCAGUUCAUUGACGCUUCGCAAGAGUCGGAUAAGAGCGGAUUGUUCAGUUUCCACCGAAAAAUUUCAAUACUUAAAACAAUACCAAUCGAUAUUGUCAUUCCAGAGACAUGUUCAAUCAAUGCUACAAUAAUGAAACUUCCUGUUCUUGAUAUUGACAGUGGAAUGAAUAGUGUACUUAGCUAUGAAUUAAAAUCAAUAAAUCAAUAUUUUAUAAGUAAAUACAGUUUUAAUCAGACUGAUGAAUUAAUUGAUAGGAUUGAUUUUGUACAAAUUAAUAAUAUGACUGGGUUGAUUACAAUUUCAAAAUCACUUAAGCUGAUCCCAGAGAAUGUUAAAUUCACUUACGAUGUGGUUGUAAGUGAUUACGGUAGGCCUAGACGGUCGUCUAGACUGCCUUUAUCUCUACAGGUAUCCCUGGUCAAUUCUUAUCCACCAGAAAUUGAAUUUUUCCGACCAAAUCCUGGAAAUUCCACAAUUUCAGGCGUUGAGAAAGGUAGUGCUGGAAAAAAGUAUGAAUUGGAGAUUUAUGAAAAUCAGCCACCAGGAACACCAAUCGGUCGAAUUGUAGGUCAUGAUCGUGAUCGAGGCGAAGCUGGACGUGUCACCUUCAAAGUGAUACAAAGUCUAGUAAGAACGUGUACAGGAGCGUUUAAGAAGACAGAGGAUGCCAUUCUAGUGGAUCCUGAUGGUGGAACAAUAACAACACUACGUCCUUUGGAUCGUGAUACUGAUGGAGAUUUAUUUCUGAUCUCAUUACAAUUUCAAGAUCAUGGUACACCCGCCUAUACAUCAUCUGUACAUAUAGACAUUAAAGUGUUAGAUUUGAAUGACAAUGCUCCUGUUUUUAUCCUGCCUUUACGUUCCUGUGGUAAAUCAGAAGGUCAAAGUGAAUCAAAAUUCCCGGAGGAUAGGUCUUCUUGCAGUCAAUUGAAUGCUCAUCCACCCCACGAUACCUCCUCUCAAAUCUAUAAUAUCACAAUGCUUAUUCCUAGUCAAACAAAUCAAGAUGUUCUACAUCCAUUCACUCAAUUCAAAGCGAUCGAUAUAGACGCCGGUGCUAACUCGUUGGUCACAUAUCAUUUACACGAGAAUUGUACACAAUCGUCGUCACAGCUAGACAAAGAACCAGUCAAUCGGCUUUUUGUAAUCGAUGAAUUGAGUGGAUGUUUAAGCAUCAUCCGCAGGAUCACUGAUGAACAAGUUCAUACCAGGCAUACAUUUUGUAUAAUUGCUCAGGAUCAUGGUAAAGUUAUCCAGCAUAGUAGUGUAAUUAUUGCUAAUAUUGAAAUUAAACCUUACAAUAAUGAAUCAUUGAUUUUUAUGAAUUAUUCUGUAAAGUCUAUGGAACAAUCGAUCAGUGCUAGAAUGCUACCGAUCACUACAUCUGAUGUUGAUAAUGAUGAUGAGGAUUUAAAACAACAAGACCAACAACAUUCUCAACAAUCACAAACACUCACCCCUGUAAUACGAACAUUGUUAUGCAUUACCACGAUCAUCGGUGGACUUAUGAUUAUUAUAGUUGGAAUACUUAGUAUUAAACAACCAGCCUGGUUGAUACGUAAUCUAUGCAAGAUGAAAUCAAAAGAAGCAGCUAAAGCUGAACUGUUACAAUUCCAUGAGGUUCACAAUCAAAUAGAAGUGAAACAAAACCGUAAACAUCAACUAGAAACCAAUAAACAAUGUGAUUUAGAAAUGGAAACCGUUCAACACGAUGCAAAUAAUCAUCUGUGUACAAGUUUUAUCACAUCUACAAAUGAACUUUUAAUUACACAGACAAAACAACAACCUGUACAAAUUCAUUUACCUCAAGAUUAUUGUAUAGAUAAGAGUGAUUAUUCAAAAUGUUCAGAUCAAUUGUUAACUCUAUAUCCACAUUCAUCAGAAUAUCGUCAUCAUCAUCAUCGACGUCAAUCUGACCCGUCUGAUCCUCCAGUCUUCCUGCAUAUUGUACGUACAUGUGAUGUUAUCAGCGAUCAAGACUUAAUGAAAACGACUAUAGAGACAACAACAAGUGGACAUAUUGUUGAAAGUAAAGAUACAAAGUGUAUUUAUUGUAAUGAAAAGCAUCAAGAGAAUUGGAAUUUGAAUAUAGUUUGAUGUUGUAGAAUUUUGUGGGAUGAUUAAAUUUAUUUUUGACAAUUUGUAUUGUGAAGUAUUAUAAAUAUAUA